AUGUCAAGUUACGAACGGGCGAAAUCAUUUUGCACAACUAUUUUAGACAAUGAAACCACCCAGGUCAAAGGUACCGUACCUUUCGUCACUCUUACAUACGCUCAAAGUCUUGAUGGUAUGAUAUCCGGACGUGGUGGCGGAAGUUUAACAUUGAGUUGUGAAGAAUCAAUGAUAAUGACGCAUAGGUAUUUUAAUAUGCUUCAGACCUCUCUCAAGAGAAUCACGUGUCUCGAUAGUGACCAUUUUCUCCUGUCUGCUCAUGUUAGACUUAGAAUUUUGCACGAUGGCAUACUGGUCGGUAUCGGUACUUUAUUAAAUGAUGAUCCUCGGUUGACAGCAAGAUUAUUUGAUCCCAGUGAAGAAUCAUCUGUUCGGCAGCCGCAACCAAUAAUAUUAGAUUCAAAAUUGCGUUUCCCUCUUUCAGCUAGAAUGUUAUCAUCCAAGGCACAGGGAUGCAAAGCACCUUGGAUUUUCACAGAUCAAAUUCACGAUAUUAAUAAAAGGCAGCUUCUGGAGCAAUCUGGCGCAAGGGUAAUUCCUAUCAACUCUGAUCCUGAAGGAAAACUGUCAAUAGAUCACCUAUUGAAAACCUUACGUGAUCCGCCAUUCUCGAUAUCUCGUUUAAUGGUAGAAGGUGGGGCUCAAGUGAUUAAUUCUUUCCUAAGGAGUGGGAUGGUGAAUCUAUUGGUUGUCACAAUCGCUCCUAUUCUGGUUGGCGCGAAUGCUGUCUCCGUCACGUGUAACGGAUUGGAUGAAGACCACAAAAAUGAAGGUGAUGAUAUAUUUCCUACAUUGAGUAUUGUCGAGUAUAAACAAUUUGGCAAAGAUAUCGUCAUGGUUGCAAAAGUACUAUCCUCAAAUGUCGACAUCAAGAAUGAUUAA